CUUCAUUCGCGCUUCACUCGCGCGAUCCGUCAGUUCGCUACGUUCCCAAAAUGAAAGCAGUUCUCUGUGUGCUGCCACUGCUGUGUGCCCUGGUGGCCUGCCUGCCCACCGCCGAGAAGGAGAGCUCGGGCAAGGCCAGCUCCUUUGCCAGCGAAACCUCACAGCUGAUUGCCAUGCAGCUGCUGAAGUUCAACAAAGACAUUGACGCCAAUCAGGUGCACUCGCCGCUGGGUGUGGCCUCCAUUCUGGGCGUGCUGGCCGAGGCCUCCGAGGGCGAGACCUACGCAGAGUUCACCAAGGUCUUUGGCUAUCCCAAGGAUCGCGCCGAGCUGCGGGCUGUGUACCGGCGAGUGCUGGGACGCUACCAGAAUCGCGAUGCCGCCGUGGCGCUGCCCUCGUUCCAGACUUGGUUCUACAUCUACCGCAAUCACAGCGCCCGGGCGGAGUACAAGGAGCUGCUGCAGCAGCACUACUUUGUGGAGGUGAAGGACAUCAACCGGAAGGACUAUGACUGGAACGAGCCAGACACUUCGCUGCAGCUGCAACUGCAGCCAGAGGGCAGCGGCUCAGAGGCCGGAGAGGAUGGUGGUCUCAGCACGGAGCAGCCCAGCAACAGCAAGGAUGUGAUCGGAUUCGAGACGCUGAAGCGCAUCAAUCUGGACGAUGACUUGCUGCCAGUGGCCGUGCCCGCCGACACCUACGGCGAGGAGGUGCUGGACAAGGAGGCUUCCAAGUUCGAUCGCGAGGUGGACGACAAGCAAUAUGUGGAAAAACCAGUUGCCCAGGCGGAGGCCGAGCAGCUGCAAAGGGAGCAGCAGGCGACGGCCAGCACCACCACGGAGGAGGCGGAAGCGGAGGCCACCACCACAGAAACAGCGGCAGCUGAGGCAGUGGAAAAACAGGAAAAACCAGCCACUGUCAUUGCCGAAGGUGUGGAAAAUCCAGCAGAGAAGCAGCAGAACAAGAGGAGCGAUGAGAAUGAGAAGCAGAAUCUCAAUCUGGAGGAGAACGAAACGGUGCAGGAGGAGGAGAAGCUGCGCAAGGUGGUCGGCUCCGAGGCGACGCCGGUGACCGCCGGUGAACCCGAGAAGGUGCGCCUGCCCCUCCAGAAACUGGAAAGUGCCGUCAAGGCAGCCUCCCAGGUGGGCAGUGCCGAUGAGAUAAUGCUGGCUUUGGAGACGCAUAUGGGCGCGGUUAGUCGGGUGUAUGGCGCACGCAGUCUGUUCCGGCAGGAUGACAUCACCUCGGCGCUGAGUGCCAAUUCCAUUACGGGACGCUCUGCGGGCUCCAAGUCCAAGAUGUUGCUCUUCAAUGGCCUCUACUACAGGGGCAGCUGGGCCACGCCCUUCUACCAGCUGCGGGAUGGCAGCGAUGAGUUCUUCUUCAUGACCAACGAGGAUGCCAUGAAGGCGCCAAUGAUGCACACGCGAGGGGAGUUCCUGGUGGCAGAUUUGACCCGACUGAAGGCCCGCGUUCUGUCGCUGCCGUACGAGACCUCGCGCUAUGCUCUGUGCAUCCUGCUGCCCGAUGAGACGGAGGGCCUGCACGAUGUCAUUGCCCAGCUGCAGCCGAGCGACUUCCAACUGGCACGCCAGAAGGCGCAGCUCCGCCAGAUGCACGUCUCCCUGCCCAAGUUCCAGGUGGAGGAGACCUCGCGCUCCGAGUCGAUGCUCAAGCAGAUGGGCCUGCGGCGUCUCUUCUCGCGCACUGAGGCCGAGUUGGGGCUGCUGUCGGAGGAUGCCGACUUGCAUGUGGAUGAGAUUGUGCAGUUUGUGAAUGUCCGCGUGGACGAGGGCGGCAGCAGUGCCAAUGCGCUGUCCGCGGCCACCCAGGCACGCUCUCCCCAGACCCCCGAGGAUUCCGACGCCAUUCUGCCCGUGCCCGAGCCAGAGCCAGAGCCUGGGGUGGAGCGUUUCGAGGUGAAUCGUCCCUUUGCCUACUUCAUCAUGGACUGCGAGGAGCAGUUUGUCCUGGCCUCUGGCAAGGUCUAUACGCCAGAGUUCAAGGAAGAUCUGCCCGGCGUUUCCGUGGAGAUUGAGCUGGAGCAGUCGUAGGCAUCGAUCGACUGGGUGCUCCUUAGAUCUUAAGUUUCGUAACGAAUUUUCACCGAUCCACAUGCACAUUUCAUGCAGCGAAUAAAACGUACAACAAUUCAUUUUCCCCACAACAAGA